UUCGCCAUCCGAAGCGCGGUGCGGUGGCGGCGUGCCUUCAAAUUGAGUCGCUUCUCGGUCCGCGCUGGGAAAAGCAGACAUGUGUCCUCAAUUGUGCCGUAUGAAAAAAACCCGACUAAGCUGCCGCUUUAAACACGCUUUCCAAGAAAGGGGAGAGAGGAGGCUGCGGGUGGGGAGGGGGACGCUCGGGUGUGCCCCCCCUCACCCCCCUCCCCCCCCCCCCCCCCCGGCACCACGAGGCUUGGGAGAGCGGCACAGCCCUGUCCCGGUGCCCACGUCGAGGUGCGCAGAGGUGCGAAAGGGGAACUUCGGUGCCAAAGCGCCGCCCGGAGCAGGGGAUGCGAGGUCCCGGAGGAGAUUUCCCUCCGGAGUUUGCGUUGUGCAGAGCGACAAGGAAGCAUCUGGGGGCAGCGAGGCUGAUGUGUGCCCCGCGGAGGGGCCGCACCCCUGCCCGGGGCUGCUGGAGGGGGGAGAGAGAGAAGAAAAGCCCCGCAGGGAGCAGCAGCGUUUGGCUCUGAGAGUGGGGCGAAGUCUUGGAAAACCCCGGGGGGGGGGGCCGAGCACCGCUUGCCCGAACCCCAGGGGGGAGCCCGCGGUCGGGGUGCCACUCCUCGGCCUUUGCCUUAGGAGUGACUGCCCCCAAAGUGAGGGACGUGAGGAGGGGCGAGGGAUGGAGAGCGGCCGCUCCCCGCCACCCACGCCACGAGGGGUCCCCAAAGGCUGAGCUGCCUAAAGCACAGCGCUGCCCCCCACCCCUACCCCACCAUUCAGUAUGAUUCUUCUUAUCUUUCUUUCCUCUCAUGUGAGUCUGCCAAAUGGCAACUGAGGAACUGGAGUCUGUCCCGUCCUCUCUGGAAAUUGGGUUCUUGGCGAUUUUUUUUUUUUCACUUUUACUUUUCUCUUCUCCCACUCCGACUCUUAAUGAUUCGCCCUCCUCUGUGUUUUGCUGUCGUUGGUUUUGUUUUCUCAUCUCAUUCACUCCGCUCAGCCUCUGCUGAAGACACCGAAUCGCCCUCGCCCUGCGCCUGCGGACAGACCUCGGUGGAGAGCGGCGGCAGAACCCAACCGCGCAAUUUCUACCUGCAAGGCAGCAGAGUGUACAGCCCCCCACUCCCACCCCGCAUCGAACGCAGCCAUAACUCAAUGCAAACUGAGGGGAGAGGCGUUUUCCACGUGGCAGCAGAUGAUGGAGGAGAUGUCCCACUCCUCUCCGCUGCUCGUACCGCGUGGGGUCGUUCCCUCCGGCUGCGGCGGUGCCGUCCUUCUCGCAGAGGUGCAGGAAACAGAUUCCCACCUUUGGUCUCCCACCGAAGCGAAUUGCUUUUUGGCUCAGCGCUCAUCCUAACCAACUUUCUCCCCCGUGUUUAUUUCACUGGUUGCGGCCGGCAAAGAAAAUCAAAUAAAAUAACGCUGAAACGUG